AUGAAGGGUGAUCUACCUUUCACACUUCAUGACUUGCGUGCCAAAUUGACCAAUAUUUGGAAGCCUUUAGGAAGAUGGGGCAUUGUUUCUCUAGGAAAUGGAUUCUAUGAAUUUAAAUUCUCUUCGAUAGAAGACCUUCGAAGUGUUCGUGCAGUGUCUUCUUGGAGCCUUAAACCCGGGUUUCUGAAAUUAUUUGCUUGGUCUCCGAAUUACAAUCCAAAUUAUUAUAAGCCAACAACCACUCAAUGUUGGGUUCGUUUCUUGAGUCUUCCUCAAGAAUAUUGGCGUCCAAAGAUUCUUUUUGCUAUUGCUAAUAGUCUUGGAACUCCGGUCAGUCUCGAUGCUUUUACAAGUAAGAGUUUCUUUUAUAGAUCUUUUGGUCAUUUUGCACGAGUUCUAAUUGAUAUUGAUCUAUCUACUAAAAUAAGAAAUAGAAUUUGGGUUGAAAGAGAAGGUUAUGCUUUUCUUGUUAAUGUUGAAUAUGAGAAUCUUCCACUCUUUUGUACACAUUUUCAGUGUAUUGGACAUAGUUUUUCUUCUAAAUAUAUUCCUAUUCAAAAAGAGGUUUUGGCUACUCGAAAUAAGAAUCAAAUUGAUCAAGCUGAAGUUAUUAUCGAUGAUUCUAUUGAUCAAUUUGCCGUGCAUGGAAUAAAUAAUGUGGCUACUCACAAAUGUGUUGAUAAUAACCCUCUUUUAGGAUUUGUGGAUUCUAAUACACUGAGAACUAUUGUUGAUGGGGAGGUUAUUAGCAUUGAUAAGGUACAACCAGAAGAUAGGUGUCCUCCAAUAAUUGAUAAUAUGGAAGGAGCGGUUACUCAUGAGGAAAUUGCUACUCCUGAACAUAUUCAUGAGACUCUUGCAAAUCAUGAGGACCAUGGAAAUAGAAAUCAUAAGGAUCAUGGGACUCAGAAGCAACAAGCAAAUACAGGUAGUCAACAGCCUAUUCAUGAAAAUGAGAGUUUGUUGGUUCCUAAAAUGCAGUUGGAAGAAACAUCUAUUGCACAACCUACACCAAAUCACGAGGUAAAUCAUGGGAGUGGUGUGGAGGGCAACUUGCACCAGGUUGAUUUAGACUCUUACACUGUUUCUGUAACACAAUUGCGACAUGUGGUAAUCGAUGAUAUGAAGAAAAUAAAACAAGCUUGGGCGCCAACAGGGAAAGUUAAGGAUGUGAGAAAGGUGCGUCUUUCACACCUUACAUCUCCAAGAAAGCUAAAAUAUAACUAA